AUCAAUUGAAACACACCUAGUACAUCACCGAUUUUUCACAUAUGUUUAAUAAAACAAUUAGUGCAAUCUUCUGAAAUGAUCGUAAUCGUUGGAAAGGAUAUUAUUCGAUCAUCACUUACGUUCCGACGAUAUCUCAUAAGGUCACGUCAAGGUAAAUUAUCCACUUUUCCUCCAUCAUAAUUUCAUAGAUUACAUUAUAUCGAAAACAUGAAAACUUUUCUUAUAUCUAAUAAUUGAAUAUCCGAUAUUCAAUAUAUCCGGGAAUCGCUAGCACCUUCAGUUGCAUAGAGGAAUGAGUCACGUUAAUAUCGCGUGUAGAUAUCGCGCAGUAGAACGUUGAACAAUUUUUAACAUUUUCCACGUUAAUUUCUAAAAAUAAAUUGAAACAAGUAUGAACAAUUACAAGGCAACAACCAAGAUAAUAACCAUAUUAAAUACCAUUGCGAUACUUCGAAACUUCAUAGAUCCAGUUAAACAUAAAUUCAAAUUUAUAUGCAGCUGGAUUUUGACUACGUUUCUGGUUGUCGUUUUUCCUCCCAUCAUAAUUUACAUACAAAUGAACGAUAUAAAACAACACAUGGCGUAUAACAUAGAAAGUGUUACAUAUAUGUUUCAAUAUAUCAUCCAUGAUCUUGGAUACAUAAGCAUAGUGAUCAUUGGCCAGUACCAGUCUAAGAAUGCAAUGACGUUGAUAGAGCGCAUUGACAAAGUGGACAAAAUUUUCAAGGAACUAGGAAUUGAAAUCGAGUAUCGCAGUUUGUUUCGUCACAUGAUGAUCGUCGGAUCCUUCUGGUUAUUAAAUGCGGUCAUAGUAUUUGCACUUUUCAUAAAGAUGUUAAUACAACGCUCCGCACUGUAUACCACAGCAUUUCUUAUAUUCAUUUACUGCUACAUUACGAACGCCCAAUCAAUCAUUUUAUACGACUACAACACUGCCGUAUAUUGGCUAGGAUCGCGAUUUAAAAAUAUAAAUCAGCUCAUGGAAACGUUUAUCUUGAAGAAUUCUCAAGUAGAAACAGAGGAUUCCGAUACGGAAAUCAUCUUCGAACCGAGUCAUAAUUUUCGAAACAGAUUCGAAUUGGACGAUUGGUUGUCCGAACGAACUGUAAAAGUUUUACAAGUAAAUUCCACUAACAACACUCGGAAGUUAAAACAAAGGUCACUGUCCGACGAUAAAAUUCGUUUACUUCAACGAAUCAGAUUCGCGCAUCUGCAAGUGUGCAACAUAUCGAAGAUGGUGAACCAAAUAUUCAACGCCCAAAUAUUAAUAUACACGACAGUGAUACUACUAAAUUGUAGUAUAUCUGUCUACUUCUUGUACAUGCAAUUCUCCAGACCAUCUAAUAGCAUAAUUUCGAUAGAAUUAAUAAUGAUGUACGUGCUGAACAACGUCCUUGCUGCACUGAAAAUCCCUCUAAUGAGCUACGAUUGCGAAAAUACAAUGAGACAGGCUAACAAAACGAUAGGACUCCUCCACGCAUGUCCUGUGGACGGGAGAAACGCAGAAUUAACAGAUGAGAUCCUCCAAUUUUCUUGGCAAAUAUCUUACACGCAACUUGAAAGAACAAAAUCGGUUCAUUAUAUAUUAAACUAUGGGUCCGUUCGAUACUGUCUCAACUUCGUAAUAUCUUAUUUGGUGAUUAUGAUACAAUGGAGCCAGCACUUGAUAAAGAAGGAUUCAAUAAUAAUCACAAACAAAACCACCACCUUUCAAACGUUACAAGAUAAUACGAGCAUAGUGGUAUAA